AUGGAAACUGCUCCAACAACAAACAGUACUACCAUUCCUAUAAUUUACUGGACUAAAUGGUUUGGAAUCGAUCAGUGGGAAGGUUUCACUAUUGAAAACUGUCCCCAGAUUCCAUCAACAUACAAAUGUCAAAUAACUCACGAUCGCCGAAGAGCGAUCGAUUCUUCUGUUAUCAUUUUUCAUGCGUCGGACGUACAGCAAGGCAAUAAUGAUGAGCUGCCACCGUCAACAGCCACUCAAGCAUGGGUUUAUCAUACAGCUGAAGCGCCAAACAAUAAGCAGAAUGGUGUCAUUAAUCUGAUGCAGUACAGUAUGACUUAUCGACUCGACUCUGAUUUUCCAUGGGGUUAUUUUGAAGAUCCACAAAAACUCAUUGGCAUUAUGGAAAAACCACCUCUUGUAUCCAAGGAUAAAAAAAGAACAAGUGCACCUAUUGCUUGGAUUGUUUCGAACUGUAACGCUCAAAACUAUCGGCACCAUUAUGUGCAAGAAUUGAAAAAGUGGAUUGAUAUAGAUAUAUACGGCCAUUGUCUAAACAAUCAGAUUUAUCCAGACAAUACAACUACAGUUGAAUUGAUUUCACAGUAUCAUUUUUAUUUGGCUUUGGAGAACUCAAAUUGCAAAGACUAUGUCACUGAGAAGUUGCUGAAUACGUACAUAGCUGGCGUAAUACCCAUUGUCGACGGUCCCAGCGAUUACGGACCUUUUAUACCCAACGAUCACGCAAUCAUUCGUCUAGAUGAUUUUGCAAAUCCGCGUCAACUGGCGACCUAUUUAAAACUUGUAUUAAACAAUGAUGAGUUAUACGAUCGAUAUUUGAGUUAUAAAAAACCUGGAGGUAUAGCCAAUUCAAGCCGAUUUUGGUCAACGCUUGAAACAUAUAAACAAGGCACUUGUCGUUUGUGCAAAGUAGCAUAUGAGCGAUAUGUAAAGAAUCCAGAUUUUUAUUAUCCUGGGAAGAAAAUCUAUCCGGACAAUACAUGCAUAAACAACAAGCAUUUCAAUUAUCGCAGCCAAUUGAUAGAAACAUGUACGUCUCCGUUCACAAUUCUAUCGUGUUUCAUAGUAUGUAUUAUGUUCUAUUUCCUUUUCGGACGUCGCAUGUUGGAGCGAAAAGCCUGGAAAAAACUUAAUUAUUCCAACUAG